AUGGCCGCAUUCCUUCGGAAAAUACAAUGGCCUGGCAGGGCAUGGAAGCCUCUUGUCUUCUCCAGCCCCGAUGUCCCAAAAGUCCCCAAAGAGGUGAAAAUAGAGGAAGAGCGGUUCCUUGACUACGUCGCGUCUCGCUACUACCCCGUCAAAAUUGGGGAAGUCCUGCGCGACCGCUACCAAGUUGUCGGGAAGUUGGGCUUUGGAGCGAGCUCGACCGUUUGGCUGGCACGGGACCUGGAUGGUCGUCGAAAUGUCGCGCUAAAACUCUUCAUUAAUAAUCAGUCCAUGGGACAGCAGCUGGAGAAUGAGCUCGAAAUGUACAAGCGCAUCUCUGCCUCCUCAUCAAAGCAUCCUGGCCGCAGCGCGGUAAGAGAACUGCUUGACUCGUUCGAUGUUACUGGGCCUGAUGGUUCUCAUCGAUGUCUUGUUCAUCCUCCGCUCUGGGAGAGCAUGUGGACAUUCCUAAACCGCAAUCCAGUAAGAAGACUACCGCCAGUGGUCCUCGCUGUCACCUUGCGUCGACUCUUUCAGGCGCUGGACUAUCUCCAUACAGAGUGCAAGGUUAUACAUACAGAUAUCAAGGGAGACAAUAUCAUGUUCGGUAUUUAUGACGACUCAGUAUUCACUGCUUUCGAACAGGAAGAGCAGAGCGAGCCGACUCCACGGAAGGAGAUUGACGGCAGAACCAUAUACAUAUCACGGGAACUUCGAAAGCCGAAGGACUAUGGCGCGCCAGUUCUAUGCGACUUUGGCUCAGCUGUUGUAGGUGAUGUUGAACAUUGCGAAGAUAUCCAACCGGACAUUUACAGAGCUCCUGAGGUCAUUCUCGAAGUUCCUUGGUCCUACAAGGUGGAUAUAUGGAACGCAGGGUGCAUGAUUUGGGACAUCUUUGAAGGCCGGCAUAUGUUUACAGGACAUGACCCCGAGUUCCAAAAAUAUCGCAGCAGAGCACAUCUCGCUGAGAUCAUUGCCCUCCUCGGCCAGCCGCCAUCAAAUGUCCUUGAAGCCGGCAAGGCCAGUCGCAAGUUCUUUACAGACACCGGCGAUUUCCGUAAUGAGAUCCCCAUUCCAGAAAGCACUUCUCUUGUUGAACAAGAAAUCAGCCUUGAGGGUGAGAGAAAAGAAAUGUUUCUUGCCAUGAUGAAUAGGAUGCUUCAAUGGGAUCCGGCUAAGAGAGCAUCAGCAAAAGAACUUGCCGAAGAUCCGUGGAUUAUGGCAUAUAUGUAG